AUUCCAACUAUACCAAAUAAUACAAAUUUACAAUGGCGCAUCUAUACGACGAGCGCGGGAAUCAGCUUCAGCUCACCGACGAGCGCGGCAACCCCGUGACCCUCACCGACGAGCACGGCCGCCCCAUGCACCUCACCGGCGUUGCCACCACAGUUGACCCCACCAACGUCGAUGUGGUCACUGACACCACUAUUGGCGUUGUCAGCGCUCCAACAACUGGUUGUGCCGCCAUCUUGUUCGAUCAAUAUCCGGAGGCGCUUUUAUUUGAGCCGCCACCACCGCUGCAGCCACACCAACACCAGCAAGUUCUUCACAGCACUUCUUCAAGCUCUAACUCGGUAAUUAUUUUACUCUCUCUCUCUAAAUACGAGAAGUUUUGAUUUUUACGAGAUUUAAGAGAAGUCUAUUUUUGUCUUGAAUUUUCAAGAAUAUACUUGAGUGGGUAAAAGUAAGAUUUGAUUAGUAGAUUAAAAUGUGAUAUACUACCUCCAUUUCUCAAAACAGUUCCUCUUUUGACUUUGGAGAAAAAUAAGGAAGUGUUAAAUUGUAGUUGACUUUCCAAUUUUGCCCUUGAUGUGAUGGGUAAAAGUAAGAUGUGAUAGUUUAGUUGUUAGUGAAAAAAUAUGAUGUGAUAGGUAGGGUAUGAAAAAGUAGGGGUAAUAGUGGUUUUUUAAUACAAAAGGGAAGUGUUUUAAGAAAAACAAAAAAAAUGAAAGAAGAAGAGUUUUAAGAAACGGAGGGAGUAUAAGUUAAGGAUUAAUAUUAGUAAAGGAAGGGUGGGUCU